AAAUGACUGUAUUUUUUCAAACUGGGAAAUUUUCUAUUAUACGAAAGUGUUUAAAUACUCCUAUUUACAACUCUCUAUUUAUACGAAACUACUCAGAUCCUGUAAAAAAAUUUAAAAGUUUUAGCGAUGUAAUAGCUCAAAGAAAAGCCGAGGCUCGUCGUAGUCUCGUAGUUCAGGUUAAUUCAGAAACAUCAUUCAAUGAACUGUAUGGAUAUUGCUCAAAAUAUGCCUCAAUUAAAGACAUACACCAUUAUAGAAACUCGGAAAAGGAGCACUUUAUGCUUAUUGAAUUUGAAACAGAAGAGAAUGUUAAAGAAGUUCUAAAAGCAUGCAGUUCUCAUCAAAAAGACGUCGAUGUGAUGCCCAUCGAGUCCCCGUUCCUCUGGUUCAGAGCUGCUGUGAAUAAGAAAGAAAAGCUCAGUUGUCCGAGUACAAAAACACUUGCCACAAAAGAUGGCAUUGAGCCAGUUGAUAAUGAUUUGCUUUAUGAGGAAUUGUUGAAUUGUGAGACAGUCACACAACAAAUACAACAUUUGUAUGAGAGAACUAAGUUGAAUGACUUAGGUGUUAGACUUAGAUAUAUGGUAGCAAGGCAGUUUGAAGUAAUAUUCAAGAGUUUGUAUGCAAAUGUGGCUGUGCAGCCGUUUGGUUCUUCAGUGAAUGGCUGCGGCCGGAUGGGCUGUGACCUGGAUCUAGUUCUCAGCAAUGUAUUAACUGAGGAUAUGAGUGACACGCGGCGGCGGCUGGUGUACCAGGAGAAGCGCGAGGAGUACGCGGGCGGUGGGCGCGGCGGCGCGCGGCAGCUGGAGCUGCUGGGCGCGCUGCUGGAGUUGCGCGUGCCGGGAGCGGGGGCCGUGCGCCGCGUGCUGGCCGCGCGCGUUCCCAUUCUCAAGUGCACGCACCACCUCGCCGCGCUGCACUGCGACCUCGCCGCCUCCAACACAUCCGGAGUGUACAUGUCAGAGUUACUGUGGCAGUUCGGAGCGCUGGACCCGCGCGUGCGGCCGCUGAUCUUCGUGGUGCGACACUGGGCGAGUGCGGUGGGCCUCACCAACCCACACCCCGGCCGCUGGAUCACCAACUUCCCCCUCACCCUCAUGGUGCUGUUCUUCUUGCAGCAAAAGAGGAAGACGGGAUUCAUUCUGCCCUCGCUCAAAGUCUUAGUCGAUAGAGCUGGUAAGGAGGACAUCAGGAUAGCGGAGGAGAACAUCAACUGUACGUUCCUGCGUGACCUCAACAAGCUGCCUCAUGAGGAGUACGGCCAGAGUGGCGAGGACCUGCACACGCUGCUGCUGCAGUUCUUCGAGUUCUACGCCCAGUUCGACUUCCAGGAGCACGCCAUCUCCAUCAACAGAGGAGUGCCCAUCAGAAAACCAAACGCUUUACCUCUGUAUAUAGUAAAUCCUCUAGAGCAAGCCAUGAAUGUCAGCAGAAAUGUGAGUUACGAAGAGUGUGAACGACUCCGUGCUGAAGUUAGGAAUGCAGCUUGGCUUCUAGAAGAAGGCCUGGAGGGGAAGAAGGGUGACGACUGGGGUGUGCUGCGGCUGAUAGAGAGGAAGGACUCCAGAGGUUUGAAGCAAUUACUCAGAGUCGGCAACUCUCAUAGAUUAGUCUCGGUCAAAGACUUGUUCAAUGAAGAUGACGAGGAUGUACCUAUGACAAAGUCAAAGAAGACUGAUGCAGAAGUGGAUAAGAGUGUGAAAGAAAUGAGAAGAGUGACUGUAGAGAAAAAAGAACAGAAGAUAAAGUUUAAGAAUAGUCAAAUAGCAAAUGAAGUGUACAGAAUAAGAAGAAAUAAAAUUGUAUGAUCGGUCAAUUUGUUUAGUUUGAGGACUGCAAUAGUAAAUAGUGUCUUUGAUCUUAGGUUAUGUGGAAACUAUUAAAGUGAGGAACCUCGUACGUAAAGUAAAUAAUUAAAUUCCUGUAAAAGUGUACGCACUUUGUAAUAAGUUUGUUAUUUUCUUACAAGUACAAUUAUCAAUUGAAAAUAGAUAUAUAAAAGUUACAUGAGAAAAUUUUGAA